UCGGUGGCUUACUUCUUCUCCCUCUUUGUCUGGCUGGUCUCUUCUGCGGCGUAGCUCGGCUCUUUUUCUUUCUUUCUUUCCCUUGGAAGUAUAAACAAACCCUUCAGGUCCGCCAUUACCACAACCAGAUCUAACAGUCUCUUAAUCUGAAAAACAAUUCUGUACACAUCUUCAAACACAGGAUUAAAGGUACCACUCGACAUGGAAGAGCCACACGCAUAGUGUUUGCCAACGUGCAUGCACGUGCUCCCUACUUGUGUUUGUAACUACUGCUAUUAUUAUUCCAGUUGAUCCUUUUACCCCAUUUUUCCAAUAGACCCAACGUUUUUACCCUAUUUUCCCAAUAAAUCCUUCAGAUUUCCUUUUUCUAAUCAGAAAACCGUAAAAGACAUAGUGAAAUUCUUUUCCUCCUGUCAUCAUUCUCCAUGGAGUUGAGGUUUCAUUCAGAUGAUAAUGGAUCUUCUUCAGGAUUUCCUAUUUCUUCAAACAAUAACUUUUUUGCAGAACAAGGGGGUUAUGGAAUGAAUGGGGCGAGACUCUCAGAACUAAUGAGGAAUCCAAAUUCUGUAGAAUUGUUUCAUAGAGAAGUAGAGAAAAGACGAAUUAGAGAAGAGAUUAUAGCAGCAGAAAUCAUAAGAAGGCAAACAUUAGAAGUAGAAGUAAGAAGAGAAUUAGCAAUGGAGAGAGGGUUCGGGUUCCAACGAGAUGAAGGGCACUCUUUAGUGACAAAUUCGUCCUGUUUGCCAAUGUGGUCUGAUCAAAAGAGCUCUUUAGUGCAUCAUAUUAAUCAUAGUCCAGAUGAUUCCAGGGCUUUUGAUGAAAGGGUAUCUUUUUUGUUUGGACAACAAGUUGGAAGAAUUGAGAAUUCUCCUUUUCAGAGACAUCCUGACGCAGCUAAGCUUACUGACAUUAACAAAGGACCAGUUUUGUUUAUACCUAAGCCGACUCCAAGUGUUGCUGGGACUAAGAGGAAAUUAACCUCUGGUUUUCUAGGUAAUUCAAAGAAGAAAAUCCAGAAGGAUUGGACUUGUGAUCUCUGUGAGGUGAAAGUGACAUGUGAACAAGGUCUGAACGACCAUAUCAAAGGCAAGAAACACAGAUUGAAGGAGGCUGCAGUUAAAGCAAAUGCAGCAGUAAGUAAGGACACUAGCAGCACAGUCACAUCAGAGAAGAAAAGUGAUAACCCGGAGGCAGAAGCCCAGCAGAUCAUAUGUGGUCUGAAACCAGAUGAGGAGAAAAAGGCACCGCAGGUUAAGAAGAAGGGUGAACAGGACGUGCAUAAGACGGAUGGUUUCAAGAAAAAAUUUAAAUAUUGGUGCGAGUGCUGCCAGAUAGGGUGCCAUAGCCCCGCUGUUAUGGCUGACCAUGAGGGAGGCAAAAAACACCAGAUUCUUCUUCGACUGCGAGAUGGUGAGGAUGUUCAAGCAGCCAUUGUCGGCACCACCUCUGAGAAUGCUAAUGAUGAGAAAACCAUUAGAAUUCUGCUGGUAAGGAAGAAAUCAAAGAUGCAAGUGAGGGAACCAUGAAAAAUGUUAAUGGGGAAACAGAUGGGGAACAGGCUCAGGAGGAAGAGGAAGGUAAGGAAGAAAUCGAGGAUGCAAGUGACGGAACCAUGGAAAAUGUUAAUGGGAAAACAGGUGGAGAACAGGCUCGGGAGGAAGAGGAGAAGUCGUGUGAAAAAAUAAUGGAAAUCCCAUAGUUGCCAUUUGUUGUCAUAGUAUAUUCUAGGUGGUCAGCAAUUAUCUAAAAGAACUGCUAAAACUAGAUUUUUUUUAACUGAUUGAAGAAAUGCUCUUAUGCUGUUUUCUUAGGGAACUAAUUACUGUAAGAGUUGUGGGGACUUGUGUUUUUUCACCAGUGUGGUAUGAGUUAUCAAUCUAUAUUAGAGGUAAAUGAUUUCUGUAA